AUGUCGUUAGAUCAACUUGUCAUUACUUUCAAUAAUGAACAAAAACAUAUUCUGUCAGUAUUUGCUGAGACCGACGAAGUAGACGAGUUUUUACGAGUAGAUGAGGAUGUCACCGAAACAAUGCAAUCAAUGUGUGAUCAAAUUAAUGUGAUAGUAGCAAAGUUAAAACCGAAUAAUUCGAUAGCCACGCUGCGCAAUAAUAAUAGGCAGACUUCUGUACAAUCACUUGUCUUACCGAGAAUAGAGAUUCCUAAAUUUGAUGGAAAUAUCAUUGAAUGGUGUUCCUUCCGUGAUAUGUUUACUUCUUUGGUGCACGUCAACGAACAUUACACGGACAUUGAGCGUUUCCAUUAUCUGUUGUGCUAUUUAUUAGGUCCAGCGUUAACAAUAGUAAAAGCAGUCCCACUUACAGCCGACAAUUAUUCUAUUGCUUGGAACGCACUCAAAGAUCGGUACGACAAUAAACGCUUAUUAGUUACUGCGCACAUUGAAAAAUUAUUUGCAUUUGCGCCGUUAACAAAGGAAUCUCCGGCUUCACUUUCAUUGUUCGUCAACACUUUUCGGGAAAAUGUAUCAGCUAUACAAGCUCUUGGAGUUAGUGACUUUGCUGGUUUUUUACUAUUCUACAUCGGUUCACGGGUUAUUGAUCCCAUGACACGACGAUUAUUCGAAGCUACUGUCGCUAAAAAUCAAAUACCUGACUUGAACUCAUUAUUAGAUUUCGUAUCACAACGAUGGAAGACAACGACUAAGAAGAUCCAGGGCAAGAAGUCCGAGAAGACAUCGUUAGCCGCGGUCACCCCGGCCAAGACAAAAAAGUGUUUGUUUUGUGGACAUCCUCAUGCAAUUUACAAGUGUUUUGGAUUCCGAAAACAACCAGUUAGCAGUCGCCGUGAUUUUGUCAAUAAAAAUCAAUUAUGUUUUGUUUGUUUGAACAGUGGACACAUGAGCAAUGCGUGUCCUACGUCUUUUACGUGCCGUAUAUGUUCGAGUAAACAUAGUACAUUACUACACUUGACAGAUGAUAUUACAAAAUCGAAUACCGAUAAGACAAAUGACAACUCCGAACGAGCCACUACAAGUUGUAAUGCAACACAGUUUUCGGGAGUUACACAUACUGAAACCACUGUUUUGUUAGGAACUGUCGUAGUCAGGGUUCGUGACAAUACAGGAGUUUUACAAGCAGUCAGGGCAGUGUUAGACAGUGGAUCACAGGUGUCUGCAAUGACAGUGGACUGUGUCAAUCGGUUAGGUUUGACUCGAAGGAAGUGUCCUGUUGAGGUCAUCGGACUUUCCCAACAACCGGUUACUACUGUCAAAGGCUAA